UUGUGUUUUCUUUUUUCCCAUUCUUACGUGAAUGCAACAUAUAAGACCCGGAAGUCGCAGACAAAUAAAAUGAGGGGAUUUUGAGUUUCUGUGAACUUUGCUGCGUUCAGCACCAUUCAGAUCCUAUCUUCAAGCAUCGAGAUAAAACAAAACUGAGCAAUGGCUGGUAUCCAGAUCAGAAAAUAUCGUGACGAUGACGACGAGGCAGUGAAGGAGAUCUUCACCCUGGGGAUGAGCGAGCACGUGCCUUCGUCCUUCAUGCACAUUUUGAAACAACCGCCGACCCAGAUGGUGCUCAUGUGCAUGUUCUGCGCUCUCCUGACCAGCUCCAAGUCUUUCCUGCUGCCCAUCCUGGCCGUCACUUUGCUCCUGGCGGCGUUCAGGCAGUUAGUCGUCUACAUGUUCAACAAAUACAUUGACACCUCCCUCAAGAAGGACCUCAACAGCAUCAGCGAAACCUACCUGAGGCAGAAGGACUCGUGUUUUUGGGUGGCUGAGAUCGACGGUCGGGUGGUCGGCACGGUAGCUUGUCUCCCUAAUGAGAAUGUGCCUGACUGCUUGGAGCUGAAACGCAUGUCUGUACGCCGCAGUCACCGCGGGAUGGGCAUCGCUAAGGCUCUGUGUCGGACAGUGGUAGAUUUUACUCGCGACAAAGGUUAUGCAUCAGUCGUCCUGUUCACCUCUGUGGUGCAGACAGAUGCUCAGAAGCUGUACGAGCACAUGGGCUACAAGAAGAUAAGAGAGUUUGUCGUUCCUGAACUUGUUGCCAAAAUCAUGAACUUCACUUUGUUUGAGUACAGACUGGAUUUACAGAGAGACAAGAAAAGUGACUGAAACUGACAGAAAGACUUUGGAAGAUUUCAGGCUAACUACCGUCCAUUCAUCCAGUUUCUGUGAGGCAAGUGUUUGUUCAAAACACUUGCAUUACAAGGCCAGGUGUGUUUUCUCUAUUGUUGUUUUCCCAGAAAGCUUUUUUUCAGAAUACUUAAUUAUAUGUAGUAUUAGUUUAGGAAUGUACACUAUGUCCGUGGUCACACUCUGCGUUGAUGGAGGUUUUUGAAAGUCCUUUAUUUCAUUGAUUUCAACAUGAUACUUAGAAUAAAAUUAUAUAUCUCAAA